AUGAGUACUGGACCCGAUUUAAUUCAAGGCUUCAAUAUGAUGUCAAUGGGAGGAAUGGGAAGCAUGGGUGGUUCAAAUAGCUCUAAUUCUACACAUAGCGCCAAUCAAUGUAAGAUAUCUAUGCUGUGGAAUUGGUACACAAUUGACACAUGUUUCAUCGCAAGAUCAUGGAGAUGUGACACAAAGGGAAAGUUCGCUGGCUCCUGCAUUGGUUGUUUUGCACUUGUUGUUGCUGCACAGUGGCUGAAUAGGGUUUCGCGCCAAUUUGACAUUGAAUUAGUCAAGAGACAUAAAAUGAAGUACCUCGGUGAUCAACUCAGUAAAAACGUGCUCUCUUCCGAUGAUGUUACCUCCGAAUUGAGCAACGAUCAAUUGCAUCAAAUCACAAAUGAAUCUGGUUUAAUGACUACGAUAAUCGCACUGCAAAAAACAUUAUCUCACACAUGGUAUUUCAAUUUUUGCGGAAGAAGAGAAACCAUCGAAGAUAAUGCUUUGGAGAAAUCAUUAUCCUGUUGUUCGGCCGCACCAUCUGUCCAAAUAUAUCCAAGCUUUUUGGAUCAUAUUGUGAGGGUUGGCGUUUUCGUAUUACAAUGGGGUCUUUCAUACAUUAUUAUGUUGCUAUUCAUGUACUAUAACGGUUACAUUAUAAUCAGUUGCAUAAUCGGAGCGUUCGUUGGCCGAUUCUUGUUCAACUACGAACCACUGGGUAUUUGCGGUGGUUCUAAUGGAAACAGCAGCCUGGUUGCUCACGAUCGUGAGGAAAAUGAUAGAAAAUGUUGCAUGUAA